AUGCUGAGCUCUGGAUGCCAACCCAACAUCCGAACAGCCAACACGCUGCCUGGCUUCCGACGGGCUGGGGAGGUCGAUGCUUCGCUUGAACUACUGAGGCGAAUGGAAGAUGAGUGGGGCGUCCCUCCUGAUGAGCUGCCGGCAUUUUUGGGUCGCGACAAGCUGCGAGUAUGCAGUGGCACUGCUUUGCCAAGGAGCUUGGCCAAGGCCGCGGGAGCAGAAGGUUCUGCUGAAGGCGCUGAAGGUUCUGACGCCUUCGUGACUUGGGAAGGUGGAAAGGCCGCAGCAUUCCGCAACCGUGCCAGUUUGUGGACAAUGGUGGCUGAAGCUUCCUUGCUGUGCAAUGAGCCACGGGUUCGAGCUCGGCGAGCUUUGAAAAGGGCGAGACUGUUGCGUCGGAAGGCUGCGAAGUGGCAGAAGCAGGAGCGACAGACGCGCGAGGCUGGACCAGGAGCUUCCUCGGCCGGUCUUUUCGCAGAAUUCAAGGAGCGUGAGCUCGCGCGGAGAGCUGCUCUCAUAGAGGACCACCUGAAAAGCCACAACACGUUGGAAGCCCCAGUGAGGCAGAUGACCAGACUCCUCGCGCUUCCCCAAGACAUUCCUGACCCCUUCCUGACGACCUUUCUCUGUGACGUCUUGUCCAGCAGCGUCCUGCCAGCUCCGUGGUCCUUAUGCCGGGACGAGCAAAGUGGCCUCUUCUUCUGGAAUCAGACCUCCAACGAGACUGCCUGGGUGCACCCUCUCGAUGCGAUUCUUCGCGAAUGCAUGGCGGCUUUCCAAACCUGCAUUCAGCUGCCGCCGAAUCUGAGAGACCAAACUCUGAAUACAUUGCAGGAGUCUUGGGAAGCUGAUAUCACAAAGCUACUCUUCGAAUGGCAGCAAGCAGAAGACGAUAGCGGCCAAGUCUACUAUCACAACGCGGAAAGGCAGCUGUCGAUGUGGGAACACCCUUCAUUGGUCUUCUUGCCAAGACAGUACAUGAGGGAGCAGGCCUUGAACAGGCUGCGAGAUCUGGCGUACUUGGAGCGCAUUGGUGCGCUGGCCAGUCGUGGAGGAAGUAGAGAAAUCUACCAAGCUUUGAAGCUCUCCAAGAUGAAGAUCGCAGAACACAUGUCAGUUCUUUCACCGAAGUCGAAAGACCUUUCCUUAGGGCGGUCUGCGACCACGGACACGGUGCAGAGCUCCCUAUCGGAUACGCAAGCCAGCAAGGAGCGAGCUCCGAGCAUGGCCUUGCAACCAGAGAGCCCAAGCAAUCCGGAGUCAGCGCCGUCAGCGAAGAUCCCACAUACACCAGCGACACCUUCAGAGACUGUGGCACAGGAUGACAAGGCUUCAACCGCCCCAGCGCGUCUGAUUCAACGAGGCAUCGAGCUCGAGAGGAACAAUGCCGCUGCGAAGUCUGUCUUGCGGCUUGCUGGGGACCUGUUGCAGGCCAAUGGGAAUGGCCAACCGAUUCGCCACAGUCAGCGCUCCGCUUUUCUGCGCAAGCCCAACCAGCAGAGGCUCGCAAAAUCCGUCUCGGAUGGCCACAUUAAGUUUAACUGGGCAAAAUCUUCCAUGGACUUGCAAGCGUCUUUGAGCCUCGAAGAGAAAGCCUGGUGGUGGCCGUGCGCGCCGAAGGGUGUCACCAGCCCGGUGAAAGUCUCACAGAAUAGCUCCCGUGUUCUCACCAGGUUUGGUGCCUGGUUCAGAUGGCAGCUAAGCUCGCUGCAACGUUUCGCAGACGAGGCCGGCGCUGUCAGCGCUGUCAGUGGCCAGGCGCUGCUCCUGGAGCUCCAACGCUCCUUUGGGCUGCGUGGCGACCAGCCGAAAGCAGAGGCGAAACUAUUGCAGCGAUUGAAUGCCAUAGCUGAUGGGGAAGGGCAACUCCACCUGGAUGCAGUGUUUCGUGACGUGCUGCCUCUGAAGGUGGAGCUUUGUUCUGGAGAGGGCGAAUGGGUGUGUGCUCAAGCAGCUGCUGACGCUGGGAAAGCCAGCUGGGCCUGCGUGGAAAACAGGCGAGAUCGCGUCUUCCGCACGUUCUCCCGCGCACUUCUCACUGGAGUGUGCAAGAAUCUCUGUGUGGUUGCUGCUGACGCGGCUGUCUUUCUGCGCAUGCUUGCACCUGGCUCCGUGGCUUACAUGUAUGUCAACUUCCCGGAGCCACCUGUUCGCCGCGGCUUGGGUGAUGGCGAGAUAGAAGGAUCUGGUGCAGCGGCGCUUGGGGUAGACGCGGCCGCCCCCCAUCUUCUCACUGCUGAGACUUUUCGCUCAGUGCGUCGAGUGCUGUCCUCUGACGGCGUGCUUCUGAUUCAUUCAGACAACGUGACUUACUUGCGGCAGCUUGCAGCAUCCCUGGGUGCUGUUGGCGGCUUUGCGAACGCUGCGGCCUUGGCGAUUGACCGUCGACGGGUGCUGCCGGUUUCCUGGACACCCUUUCAGGCGAGUGACCCCGGCCCUGGUAUUGUCCGAGAUGGUCUCGAGCUGAGCGCCGAGCCGUCUGGCGAGGGCGGCCGGGAAUUGAGGCUGGCGUGCCAGAUCCAGAGGCGAGAUUCGGCUUGCGGAGCCUGUGGUCAGAACCAUGAUUGGUUCCUGCUCCCAGGAAAACAUGGUCAGUGCGAGCAUGCCAUGGACAAGCUUCAGUUCGUUCCUGCAGAGCAACUUCGCAAAACAUGGCUGCAGUUCGACGGUCAGAGGAUGGGUGGACGGGCUGAACACGUGGGAAGGGGUCCUGCCACCAUCUUGGACUCUGGAAUCAGAAAGAAAAGCGUUGGUAAGAGUUCGGGAAAGGGCAGGAGGAUUCUCGGCCUUGCCACCUUCCUGGUGCAUCGCACGGCCAUGAAGGCUGGGGGGCGGCAAGCACUCGGAAGACCCGACACCCGGCUUUGUCCCAAAGUUCUACUUGUACCAGCCAUGAAUAGAUCGGCGGAGCGGGGCCGCUCAGAAGGAAAAGCAGAGACUCCAAAGCUGCGAUGUGGAGAUGUACUCUUGGACUUCGAUGUGCAGCGGCACAUGGAAUUCCGAAGAAGUAGGCAGCCAAUUUUUGGGCUGCCCAUGGGCACCUUGCCUUCCAAUCCACAGCAAAACUCGCAGCUGGGAGCACCUUUCGCCUAUGUCCCCGAGCAAUUGCAGCGUUCGGGGGCCGAUGCCGCAUCUUUGCGGUCAGAAAUCUUUGCGGACUUGAACUCCCGUGGAUAUUUUGUUGUUAGUGCUGUUCGCCAUGGAUUCGACUUUGUCAUCUACGAAGGUGAUCCUAUCCGUCACCACGGUUCCUCCUUUGUGGUUGUCUUGGAGUCCUCUCAGAGCAUCUGCCCCCGACAGCUUGUUUUGUGGCACAGGCUUGCAGCAUCUGCACACAAGGCCCUGCUGCUGGCCCUGCGGACCUCCCGAAAAACGUGCGGCGAAGAGAGCUUGCGAUAUUU